AUGGCAGAAGAAAUGUGCGUAAGAGGCUACCAUUUUUCUGCGAGCGAGGUGAAAAUAAAAAUUCACAAUUUCACCAACAAAUACCGGGAGGAAAAGAAAAAGGUAGGGCCUUCAGGAGGGUCUCCUUCAAGAUGGCGAUAUUAUCAAAGGAUUCACCAGCUCCUCGGUGGCUACAAAGCUUUUAAUAUAGAGAGCGUUAUUGAGGAGAGUAAAGUGAUUGACUACCUUGAGAAGUCGGUGGAUAUCCGUUCAUCCACGCCAAUUUCGGAUGAGUCAGUGGAACCUGCAAAGAAAAGGAAAAUGAUUAAUUUUCAAGAAGAGAUUCUGUCUGAAUUUAAAAAAUCAAAUAAAAAAGUUCUCGAUUUUGUUAAAUGUGACUAUGAAGAAACAAAGAACUUCCAGACUCAGAUGAUUACUAUUGAGGAAAGAAAAAAUCACUUGUUGGAAGUUUUUAGAAUCGAUGCAAAAUAA